GUGUGGCAGUGUGGUGGCAGUGUGGAGGUUCUACCAUGUUCCAGGAUUGCUCACAUCGAGCGGGCCCACAAACCCUACACAAAGAACCUGACAGCACAUGUGCGGCGGAACGCUCUGAGAGUGGCGGAGGUCUGGAUGGACCAGUACAAGAGCCAUGUCUACAUGGCCUGGAACGUCCCACUGCAGAAUUCAGGAAUAGACAUUGGGGACCUAUCUGAAAGGAAAGCCCUGAGGUCCAGACUGCAGUGCCGACCCUUCAGCUGGUUCCUCUCCAACAUCUACCCUGAGCUCCGCUCCUACAGUAACAUUGUGGCCUACGGAGUG